AUGUCUCUUGGAUCAAGUGCAAGAACAAGCAGAUACAGACAGAGACUGCUGAAGGCAGCCUUCGUCCUUAUUCCAGUUGGUUCCGUUGGUUACUAUGGCGUCCAGCGAUGGCUAAGCUCCCUCGAAGCUCGGUAUCCGCCGUUAUCACCGGCCGACGUGACGACUACCACGACGACAGUCCUGCGCACUCCCUGCAACCCUGAUACCCAACGUUGUGCAUACAUUGACGUCUACACCGCGCGUGUACCACUGCGAAUUCUACAACAACUCCAACAACGACAGGCCCAGAGAAGAAGAAAAGACGACAACAAUGACAAGGACAACCUGCACGUCACGUGGGCAAAGGCAUUCCUGGGCAGUCGCGUCAUGCGCGCAGAAGCACCUUUUGUCGGGUUGGCCAGCACCAGUGAUGACAUUGACAGAUCGAUAAAAUUCCUCGCUGUCGACGAGGACGUGUACCAACACGGUUCACUCGCCUUCAUCAAGGACCAGAAUACGCGGACAUCUUCAGGAACUGUCGAUAAGAAAGACAUCCCUGACGAAGCCAAACCGGCUGAAGGCGUUCUUUUCUGCUGGCACAUGCCCGACGAACCCCGGCGAUUCUUCGAAACAAUCGCCCGCUGGGGAUAUCCGUGGCGACUGAUGUCCGGAGGACGGCACGAGCUGAGCGUGUCGGCUCCGUUCAUCCCAGAUGAAGAUGAUCGUCAUCAGGACCGGAAUAAUGAGCCCGUGGUCGAGGUGCGGUUUGCGACCGCUCACGAUUACGAGGUUGUGCCGGAGGAAGGGCCUCUGGAGAAGCAGAAGAUCAUCCCUGUUUGGACGCUGAGACUGCAUCGGGCGUAUGCGAGAUUUUUGCUGGACAUGGCGGUCAAGGAAUUGAUUGCAAGUUCUGAGCAGGAAAACCGCUGA